CCCUCCUCAUCCUUCUUCUGAUGAUGUUUCCCUGCUUUGGAUUAGUAGUGCUUUGCAAGCAAAUCAUUUGAUUGAUUAGCUUGCUGGUUUUUCUUUCAUUGGCAGCUAAUUCCUGUUCUUGGUUUUACUAAUAUAUGCCCGAGUUUUUUUAGACCAUGCAAAAGAAAAUCUUUUGAUAUUUUGGUCUUACUUUUAGUUUUUAACCUGCUCGAACUCCUGCUCUUUUCAGUUGUUACUGUAGUGCUAUGAAUUUACAGAGACUGCUGCAAGAAUAUCUAGUCCGGAGCAUGUUCACAUUAAUCCUUUUAUGUGAAUUAAAGCAUGCUGCACUGUCAGCAAAACACUAGUUAAAACUAACGUUAGCAUGAAGGCCCAUGAUAUUGUUUACUCAACAGGACAACAGGUGCGCAGAGGUGCUUUUGCUUUCAGCAAAAAAAAGACACCUUGAUCUGACACUGACAGCCUACUUGUUAAAUCUUAAUUACUCGAUCAUAAAAUCGUAUUCCAUUUGCAAGCACCAACACAUGGCACAUGCUGCAAUACGUUUUUGGUCGUACUAGUCUCGUUAGUACAUCCAAGCCAUAAAUGGUUUCUUGGAUCCCUGCAUCUCCUCGUCCCCGGCUCUUGCCGCCGUUGACCGACAGCCAUGGGCGGCGAGCUCGCCGGCCGCAUCAGGUCCGGAGGCGCCUCGUCCCGCUCCUUCGCCGCCACAGGAUGGCGCUGCUCACGGCGCCGGCGGUGGCCGCGCUGCUGCUCGUCUUCUGGUCCGCGGCGUACGGUGGUGACGCCCAGGGCGUGCCGCCGUACAAGGACCCCAAGAACGACGUGGAGGUCCGCGUCAAGGACCUGCUCGCCCGGAUGACGCUGGCCGAGAAGAUCGGCCAGAUGACGCAGAUCGAGCGGCUCGUCGCGUCGCCGCAGGUGCUCAAGGACUACUACAUCGGCAGCCUGCUCAGCGGCGGCGGGAGCGUGCCGCGGAAGCAGGCGACGGCGGCGGAGUGGAUGGCCAUGAUCAGCGACUUCCAGAAGGCGUGCCUGUCCACGCGCCUCGGCAUCCCGAUGAUCUACGGCAUCGACGCCGUCCACGGCCACAACAACGUGUACGGCGCCACCAUCUUCCCCCACAACGUCGGCCUCGGAGCCACCAGGGACCCUAAUCUGGUGAAGAGGAUCGGCGCCGCGACCGCGCUUGAAGUGAGAGCCACCGGCAUCCAGUACGCGUUCGCGCCAUGCAUUGCUGUGUGCCGUGAUCCGAGGUGGGGGCGGUGCUACGAGAGCUACAGCGAGGACCACCGUAUCGUGCAGUCCAUGACUGAGCUCAUCCCGGGCCUGCAGGGCGACGUCCCGCAGAACUUCACCAGCGGCAUGCCCUUCGCCGCCGGAAAGAACAAGGUGGCGGCGUGCGCCAAGCACUUCGUCGGCGACGGUGGCACGCAGAACGGCAUCAACGAGAACAACACCAUCAUCGACCGCGACGGUCUGAUGAGCAUCCACAUGCCGGCCUACUUGGACGCGCUCCGUAAGGGCGUCUCCACCGUCAUGAUCUCCUACUCCAGCUGGAACGGGCUCAAGAUGCACGCCAAUCACGACCUCAUCACGCGCUUCCUCAAGGGCAGGCUCAACUUCCAGGGCUUCACGAUCUCGGAUUGGGAGGGCAUCGACAGGAUCACCAGCCCUCCAGGGGCGAACUACUCCUACUCUGUGCAGGCUUCAAUUCUUGCUGGCAUUGACAUGAUCAUGGUGCCAAACAACUACCAAGACUUCAUCACCAUCCUGACCGGUCACGUCAACAGCGGUCUGAUCCCGAUGAGCAGGAUCGACGACGCCGUGACGAGGAUUCUGCGCGUCAAGUUCACCAUGGGCCUGUUCGAGAACCCCAUGCCGGACCCUAGCCUCGCCGACCAGCUGGGGAAGCAGGAGCACAGGGACCUGGCGCGGGAGGCGGUGAGGAAGUCGCUGGUGCUCCUCAAGAACGGCAAGCCAGGCGACGCGCCGCUGCUGCCCCUGCCCAAGAAGGCCGCCAAGAUCCUGGUCGCCGGGAGCCACGCCGACAACCUGGGUUACCAGUGCGGCGGGUGGACGAUCGAGUGGCAGGGCGACACGGGGCGCAUCACCGUCGGCACCACGAUCCUGGACGCCGUGAAGGCGGCCGUGGACCCGUCGACGACGGUGGUGUUCGCGGAGAACCCCGACGCCGACUUCGUCAAGAACGGCGGCUUCUCGUACGCCAUCGUGGCCGUGGGCGAGCACCCGUACACGGAGACCAAGGGCGACAGCCUGAACCUGACGAUCCCGGACCCCGGGCCGAGCACCGUCCAGACGGUGUGCGGCGCCGUGCGGUGCGCGACCGUGCUCAUCAGCGGCCGCCCCGUGGUGAUACAGCCGUUCCUGGGCGCCAUGGACGCGCUCGUGGCGGCCUGGCUGCCGGGAACGGAAGGCCAGGGCAUCACCGACGUGCUGUUCGGGGACUACGGGUUCACGGGGAAGCUGCCGCGGACGUGGUUCAAGUCCGUGGACCAGCUGCCCAUGAACUACGGCGACAAGAAGUACGACCCGUUGUUCCCGCUCGGGUUCGGGCUCACCACACAGGGCAAGGGGUACUAGAACAAGGAUGGAUGAUGGGUGGUAGAGAUAGAAAAUUGAAUUAAACAGUGCUCUGUCGAGGGGACAUGAACUGGGAGUUCUUGUUUCCUUCGAUUAAUUUGGGUGGUAUGCUCAGUUCUCACUGUGGAGUUGCAUCCACAAAGAUGAGCCAUCUCAUUCUUAUAUUAUAAUCAAUCUUCCAUUUUGCUCAA